CGUCGUCAUGACAGUCGCUCAAGUGCUUGGCGUUAGAGGCUUUCGGACUGUACGAUUCAAUUCGCGAGGAGUAGGACAGAGUGGGGGCAGAGGUAGCUGGACAGGAGAGGUAGAGGCGCAAGACUAUAAGGCGCGUGGCAGGGGACAUUGAGAGGUUGACAGCUCGCUGACCACCAUCACGCAAUGGCAGGCGGUCGCACAAGCCAGCAUUGCCAGCUUUCAGCACGACUUCCCUUCAGCUACAGGAGCCGUCCUAGUCAUUGCAGGCUACUCUGCUGGGGCCAUGUACGCUUCGGCCGCCAGCGAUCUCCAGCUACCGAGCGUCUUCGACCCUGCCCUACGCUACCUUCUCAUCUCGUUUCCUCUCGACAAGCUGUGGGCGCUGUCGCUGUUCGCUGCUACGAGAUGGAAGCAACGGGUGGCUGCGAUCACUCAGCUCGAGCAGAUUCGGGUGCUCUUGGUCCAAGGCACCACAGAUCAGUUCACCAAGGCAGAGAGCUAUCGCAAGUGGUGCGAGGAGCUCGACAGGAGCUCUAACGGCGUCACCGUAUCGACGAUCGAGGGAGCAGACCAUUUCUGGAGCACGCCGCAACAACGCGACCAUCUCGUAGCGGCCGUCAAACGCUGGUUGCAGUAGCAGCAUUCCGCCAGCUAGUCUACUCUGUGCGCGAAGCUGCUUUCGGUGGUCGUCGGGAGUCCAGGCCGUACAGUGACAGUGGUAGGCUGCCGGCGUCUAGACGAGACUUUGGCAUUGAGUCACGUCGAGGAUGAGAAUGGAGACCAGGCUUUGCUUGAGCAGCAUCCCAGCCCGAGCUGAGAUCCGUCGUCGUGUCUUGCCAGGCCAUGCCAUCGCAUCGCAUCGCAUCGUACGCCCCACUCUCCGAAA